GUAUUGCUAAGGGAGUGCAGGUUAUAGAGAGCCGGAGAGAGCGUGCUGCUCAGGGAGUGCGGGUUACAGAAAGCUGGAGAGAGCGUACUGCUCAGGGAGUGUUGGUUAUAGAGAGUCAGAGAGAGCGUACUGCUCAGGGAGUGCAGGUUAUAGAGAGCCGGAGAGAGCGUACUGCUCAGGGAGUGCACGAUAUAGAGAGACAGAAAGAGCGUACUGCUCAGGGAGUGCAGGUUAUAGAGAGCCAGAGAGAGCGUACUGCUGAGGGAGUGCAGGUUAUAGAGAGCCAGCGAGAGCGUACUGCUCAGGGAGUGCAGGUUAUAGAGAGCCAGAGAGAGCGUACUGCUCAGGGAGUGCAGGUUAUAGAGAGCCAGAGAGAGCGUACUGCUCAGGGAGUGCAGGUUAUAGAGAGCCCAAGAGAGCGUACUGCUCAGGGAGUGCUGGUUAUAGAGAGCCGGAGAGAGUGUACUGCUCAGGGAGUGCAGGUUAUAUAGAGCCGGAGAGAGCGUACUGCUCAGGGAGUGCUGGUUAUAGAGAGCCAGAGAGAGUGUACUGCUCAGGGAGUGCUGGUUAUAGAGAGCCAGAGAGAGUGUACUGCUCAGGGAGUGCUGGUUAUAGAGAGCUGGAGAAAGCGUACUGCUCAGGGAAUCUGUUUUAUCCAGCGCUGGUGUUAAGGUGACAGGGUGCACAUUAGUGUGAAGCAUUUCAUUAAAUUACAGUUCUGAUUUUAUUAAUUUUGUGUUAUUCAGUUUGAAAUGCCAUAUGCUCAACUACUGAUUCUGACAGUAAAAUCUAGCUGUUUGGUAUUGCUUUACAAAGCAAAAAAAAAAAAAGGACCCCAAAACUAGUACAAUUAUUAUUGAUUGUAAGUAUUGUACCUCCCCCAAGACUGCUUCCUCGCAGCUAUCAGGGACCCUGGAGCACUUCAGGCCCAGUUGCCGAGGCUUGACUGGGAUCGCUCAGGGCCUUUUCCACUCUGGACCAAACACCAGACCACACUUGGUGAAGGUUAAAACAGCAACUCAGUUUAAUAGACAUACCACACAUAUUUUAAACCCCCAACAGCCUCAUUUACAUUCAAUAGGUUACAUAGAGCACUAUAGUACAAGGAAGGAUGGGGGUCAGACAACAGCAAGGGCUGAUGGGAGAUUGAGGAGGGACAAAGCAGCCAGUUUAAACUGGUCUGGCAGUGUCCCUGGGACAACGCCCUGCUGGAGAACAAUAGGACAGGAAAAAGGGGGAGGGGGAAAGGCACAGACAAGAAAUACAUUCAACAUACUCUGCACCAUGAAUGCUGACUACUUCGAUCAACAAAUCCUGUUACCCUUCCAUUCCCAAUAAGUAACGCAACACCAUUUAACGUGGGUAAGAGCAGCGGCUUAUUUAAACCAGCACAGCCAAAUACUGCCAGCUGCUAGUUUUACACUUCUUCCAGAGCCUCUUCAGUCUGUCCUUCAUCAUCAAGCAAAUUCAGGCUGUGACUCCCCAAGCCCGUCCGGGCAUUAAUCAUUUACCAAACUUGCUGGCUCAGGAAACCCGAGAAAACACAACAAUUCCAGAAUGGAACAAUCGGGAAGGGUGUGUGUGGAAAAACACUGCCAGGCUCCCUUAGCAUUGUUCACCAGUAGUCUGGUAAUGUCGUCAGAAUUCCCUGUAUCCAUUUGGUUGCUAUGCCAACUCCUGAGGGCAGCAGUCAUGUUUCCCCCUCCCUAUUCACUCCGGGGGUUGGCCUUGGCUGGGCACAGGGUGACCAAAACACAAGAGGAAUCUGGGGACCUACAUAUAGUGUCUGUCUUCCAUCCCCAGUGACGGUGACUACCGUGAAAAGCAUGCAUUAACUGGGUUGGUAAUAUAUCUUGCAAUAAUGUUACUAUUUCCAUUUAUUGUAAUAUCUGCCUUUACUCUUACUUUUGUUUUGACACUGACCGGUUUUAUCCACAGAAAGGGACCAGAAACAUGGAUAUAAUGACAGUGCGCGUCAAGUCAAAGAGAUCAAAAGACUAGAAAAGUCACGUGACUCUUUGGAAGAAGCAGAAGAUGGGGAUAAAGUGGGUUAUGAGAGACGAGUGACGGAGACUCAGAAUUAUAUUGAGUCUAGAGAUGAAGAUUGUGCUGCAUUGUUACAAAAUAUACUCACUAAUCAUAGCAAAGAAACAUCAGAAUAUAUACAGAAACGCUCACGGGUACAAGAACAGCUGGAAUGGUUACUAGCUCAACUUUGUCACAAAGAAACAAUGAUAAAAACCCAACAACAAACAAUACAGGAGCAGGCGCGAUCAUUACAGGAGAAGGAACACACAAUACAGGAGCAGGCGCGAUCAUUACAGGAGAAGGAACACACAAUACAGGAGCAAGCGCGAUCAUUACAGGAGAAGGAACACACAAUACAGGAGAAAAGUUGUACAAUUAAAGACAAAGAAUGUACAAUAAAGGAGCAGAUACAAUCAUUGAAAGAGAAGGAACGUACAAUACAAGAGUAUACAAAAAAAAUGAAAACAGUGGAGAACAGACUACAGGACCAAGAAGAGUUAACAAAAACAUGUAUAUGUGAAACAGAAAUGAAAAAUUCUGAAAUAGUAAAGAUGACGCAUACAUUGAAAGAGAAGGAAAGCAAAAUAGAGGAGAUGACGCGUACAUUGAAAGGGAAGGAAAGUAAAAUAGAGGAGAUGACGCGUACAUUGAAAGGGAAGGAAAGUAAAAUAGAGGAGAUGAAGCGUACAUUGAAAGGGAAGGAAAGUAAAAUAGAGGAGAUGACGCGUACAUUGAAAGGGAAGGAAAGUAAAAUAGAGGAGAUGACACGUACAUUGAAAGGGAAGAAAAAGUAAAAUAGAGGAGAUGGAGCGUACAUUGAAAGGGAAGGAAAGUAAGAUAGAGGAGAUGACGCGUACAUUGAAAGAGAAGGAAAGUAAAAUAGAGGAGAUGACACGUACAUUGAAAGGGAAGAAAAAGUAAAAUAGAGGAGAUGGAGCGUACAUUGAAAGGGAAGGAAAGUAAGAUAGAGGAGAUGACGCGUACAUUGAAAGAGAAGGAAAGUAAAAUAGAGGAGAUGACGCGUACAUUGAAAGGGAAGGAAAGGACAUGAACGAAGCAGACAGAGUCAUCAGAUGAGAGCUUGGACAGAAUGAUGAAGCAGGCAGUUGAAAGCCAAGUUAAACACAAUACAACGGAAAACAAAAACACUGCAAGAGCAACACUAGAAACUACCGGAAAGGACCAUUAAAAAUAAUAUGAUAAUACACUCAGUACAAGAACCAGAAGCAAAAACCAUUAUUAAUGAAUAACAAGAAAAAGAACAGAAACAGAUAUUUGUUUUGAGAAAAUAAAACAAGUAAUGGGAGUGACAUAGGCACUGCGGAACAGGGAACACUAACUAUAGAAGCAUAAAAACACAAUACCAGACAUCCCAACAUGCAAAAACUAAUUUCAGGAAGGUGAUUAACCAGCUACUGUGCCCCCUUCCACAGUCUCUGGAGUGGGUCAUAGUGGGGUGAUGGGGGCUGUAGUGGAGGGUGUAGCGGAGAUGCAAUAUUACCCAGGUUAUCUCCGCUUAUAAUCCAAGUGGGACUCAGGAACAAGUAAAUAGUAAAUCCACAGGCAAGGCUUCCAGCAGGUAAAAUACAGCAAUAUCCCAACAGCAAUCCCAAUAACUGGACAACACACAGUUUCAGGAGCAUAACUGAAAGCCUUUAAUCCAC